AUGAUGGAUACGGUUACCCUAAACGUUGGCGGCCAUUUGUACACCACGUCACUCUCCACCCUCCAGCGUUAUCCAGACUCUAUGUUGGGCGCCAUGUUUCGUGGUGAUUUUCCCACUACACGAGACGCCCAGGGCAACUAUUUUAUAGAUCGAGAUGGUCCUCUAUUCCGUUACAUCUUAAAUUUUUUACGAACCUCGAAACUGACGCUACCAUGUGACUUCAAAGAAACAGAGCUCCUUCGGAAGGAAGCAGACUUCUAUCAGAUAGAGCCCCUGAUCCAGUGUUUAGGAGACACCAAACCCCUUUAUCCACUGGACACUUUUGAGCAAGUGGUAGAACUUUCAAGUACUCGUAAGCUGUCCAAGUACUCAAACCCGGUGGCAGUCAUUAUCACCCAACUCACCGUCACCACCAAAGUUCAUGCAUUACUCGAAGACAUCUCCAACAACUUCACCAGAUGGAAUAAACACAUGAUGGACACCAGAGACUUUCAAAUGUCCUUUACCUUUGGACCAUGUGACUACCACCAAGAGGUUUCCCUUCGGGUGCAUCUGGUAGAGUACAUCUCCAAGCAAGGCUUCACGAUUCGCAACACACGGGUGCAUCACAUGAGUGAACGCGCCAAUGAGAAUACAGUAGAACAUCAUUGGACGUUUUGUAGAGUUGCGCAGAAGGUUGAGGACUGAUUGAUGCUGCAUUGAUGUCUGAAUAUUAACCAUAUUUAUUGGUAAUAUUCAGAGCAACUUGAGAAAUUACGAGUUUAACAAAGAUGUGAGUGAUUUUUAAUACCUGUGAACUUAUAAUUAAGGUAAUUCCAAAUUACUUGAAUGCACCACAUCUCCACUGCAGAUCCUGGUUCAGGGUAACCAAUAAUGAACACAAUUAAAAUGUUUUCUGUUGUAUGUAUUUUGUCCUAUAGUGUUUUAUGCGUCUUCUCACCCACUUCAGAUGUUUAUGGGUGAAAGGAACCUGAACAAUUUCUAUAAGUACUAUAUACCGCAUAUACU